AUGAAAAAGAUCCGACAAGAUCCUUGCUUUGCCAACUUUCAACAGCCUCUAUCGACUAACGAACUGAAGAGACUGGCCAACAAGGGGCCUAUUGUAUCAUUUAAUGUUGGCCACAUCAGAAGCGAUGCUUUUGUUGUUACGCAAACGGGCAUCACGCCUGUUUCAUUACCUGAUUUGAAAGAAGAAGACCUGAACAACAACGCCAAACUCUUCCUAGAGAAGCCCAUUGUCACCCAUGGGAGCCUGAAUACUAAGAACGCGAGGAACAGAUCCAUGCUGCGCAUUCUGAAAUGGCUAUGGGAUGUUGCAGUGCAUCCAGUUAUAGAAGCUCUAGACGUCCGUCAGUCACCGAAUGGUAGGAAACUACCAUGCAUAUGGUGGACUUCGAGUGGCCUUAUGGCACUGAUGCCUAUCCACGCCGCUGGAGACCACACUUCAGACGGUACUCCGAACCUGUUGGAUUUCGUCAUCCCAUCAUACACCACGAUACUGGGGGCGCUCGCAUAUCCCCGCGAGACUAUAUGUAAACCGCUACGAGGCACAGAUUAUCGAUUCGCGUUCAUAGCGUCUCCAAAUAAGGCGAAAAAAGAGAGAGAAUUGAAAGUUGAAGAGUCAGCGAGAGAGCUUAAUGACUUGGUUCAACAGCACUGCAAGACCAGGCUUCUCAUAGGCCCAACUAAGAGUGAGACUCUUGAAGUUCUCGAAGCAUGUAAUGCCAUGUUCUUCGGAUGCCACGGUCAAUCGAUGUCAACGCAAACUUGCGAGAGCUAUCUCAAACUAGGCACCGACGCUGACUCACACCUGACGAUCCAGGAAAUUCAGGGCUCGCGACACCGGGACGCCCAGUUUGCGUACCUAUCUGCGUGCUCAACUGCAAACCUAUCAGUUAGACAUCUUGUAGACGGGGUAGUCCAUAUCGCCGGGGCAUUUUCGUUAUUGGGGUUUCUGCAAGUCGUGGGGACGUUUUGGGAGGCUAAGGAUAUCAAGGCCAGAGUAGUUGCUAAGCGAUUUCACGAGGAGCUAAUGCUUCAGGACUGUGAGGAUGAGGAUUGUGUUGCAAGGGCUUGCCAUACAGCGGUAAUGGAGAUGAGGGGAAGUAAAAUUCAGGAUCCGUUGGUUUGGGCUACUUUCGCUCACUUGAGAGCGUGA